AUGGCAGAGAGGAGGCAAAAAACCCACCUUGCAGAGCUUUUAAAUGAAGUGGAAAAAGCUCACAAAGCUGAGAUUCAGCUCUAUGUGUCAGGCCACCUAAACCAUAAUAAGCUCUUCAAGCCCCCCAGAUCAAGGCAAUGCAACUAUUGGAAAAGUGCCCAAACCCCCACUUUAAUGCUUGCCAAGAGGGAUGCCCUUGGAGGACCCUGUGAAAGGCUGGAAAAGACUAGGAGCAGCAAGUAUUUUACUCCAGUGCCCACCCGGGCCAAAUCUGCUUCCCCAUCGUGUUUUCAGGCCCACCUGGCCAGCUUUAGAGCACCAGUAAGCAUGUCGCUCAGCACCACUGCUUUUAAACGGCAAAAGAAAGAGGCUCCUGAGAAACCAGAAGCUGCUGGCAUAUUUCAAAAGCAGCUGAUACGAGACGAGCUGGACAUUCCAGAAAUGAAAUUGUUGAAAUACAGACGAAUCAAGAACAGCAGGCUUUGUGUCACAAAGGAGUUUAAAGAUGAGUACCAGUUCUUACCUUCCUAUUUGGCUGGCGUGACUAAAGCGGACCAGUAUAACAAGUUCAUGAAAGUUCAAAAGGAAUAUAUUGCCAAGCAGGAUUUGCUGGAGAAUGAUUUCAUUGGGAGCAAGUCAACAGAGCGCCAUGAAAAAAAGUUGGCUCAGGCACUCCAGAAUAUCUGUGACUGCAAACGUCCACAUUUCUAUCGAUUAGAGGCUAUUGGUCAAGUAUUUGAAGAUAUCUGUAACAGUUCCUUGAUAUUUGGUGAUAUAUUGAAGGAAGUGAAAAAUGAAUAUGAGCUCUACAUGGUGAUCCUGCUGGAUUCUUUGCCUACAAUGCAAUACAGAACCUUGCAGGAGGAAUUCAAAGGCAUGAAGAAAAGAAUGGUGAUGACUCAUGAAAUAGAAGAGAGCAGAAAUGAAAUACAGGCUCUUGUGCAGAAAUGCAAAUUGGCUUUAGCAAGAAAUGAAGAACUUAGAAAUAAAUUGGAAAUUGAACUGUGGGUGAGCCAAGCUGACAGCAGAGCAGCACAGGAUGACCAGGCAAGGACAGAAGAAACUUCUCUGGCCAGUGCUGAUCUGCUGACAUCUCUGAGGUGCCAAAUCAUCACAAAAUGGGAGGAAAUUCAAGCAAUGGAGAAAGAAAUUAAAAACACCAUGACUUUUAGUGGCAUUAUAAAUAUUAAACAGAAGACUGUGAAAGAAUUAGAGGGCGAAGCAUCCAAACUCCAGGCCUCAAACAAUUACCUAAAAAUGCAAAUCAGGGAUGUUGAAUACAAUAUCAUAGCAGCGUUAAGGAGGCAGAAGCUUAAUGAAACAAGGCAGAGGUAUUUGUGGGGGUUAGUGAAGGACUUCUUGAGACCUGUUGGAGAAGAAAGCCAUGAAAACUUAAUUGGAUUAUUUUCUCAGAUAUCCUUACAGAGCUUUUGA